CUAUGUUAUGUUAUGAAAGUAAUUUAUUUUUUAGAAGUGAAAAGCAAUGCAAUGUCUAAUGGAAUUGGUGAUAUUUCGCAAAGUAAAGUAUCCGCGCAACAUUUUAAGAAUGCUGAUGGCCUUAUAGGCGUUAAUGUUUCAUCUGUUGGUAAUGCCACUGGAGCCGGUAAAACAAAUUCUUUAAGUAGCAUUUAUGGAGCUUCAGGUAUAAACGGUACGGGCAAUGCAGCCGCUAUGGGAUCCAGGGCAAACAGUAUCACUGAUUUGUUCGGAGAAAUCCUCGGUGGAAAACAAAUAGUUAAUCUUUACAAUCAAGCAUCUGGAAUCGGAGUUAACGAUACGUCAGCAGUGGCAAGUGGUAAUGGAGUGAUUACCAAUGGAACACAUGGAGGCAAAUAUAGUAUUUUAUUUAAUUUACUUAAUAAGCACUUCUAUGAAAUGAAUUUUUCCCAGGAGAAAAGCUAA